UGACGCACUUCCGGCCGGUACGGGGACGUGUCGGGGCGCCAUGGAGGAGGCGGCGGCGCAGAACGGCAGCGCCGGGCCCGGGGCCUCCUCCCCCCCCGCCCGGCCGCCCGCCACCCCCGAGGGCAUGGCGCUGGCCUACGGCAGCCUCGUUCUCAUGGCGCUGCUGCCCAUCUUCUUCGGGGCGCUGCGCUCCGUCAGCUGCGCCAAGAGCAAGAACUCCUCGGAGAUGCCGGAGACCAUCACCAGCCGAGACGCUGCUCGAUUUCCCAUUGUUGCCAGUUGCACCCUUCUGGGGCUCUACCUCUUCUUUAAAAUAUUCUCUCAAGAGUACAUCAACCUCCUGCUGUCCAUGUAUUUCUUCGUGCUGGGGAUCCUCGCCCUGUCCCACACCAUCAGCCCCAUGAUGAACAGAUUCUUCCCUGCAAACUUCCCCAAUAAACAGUACCAGCUCCUCUUCACCCAGGGCUCCGGGGAGAGCAAGGAAGAAAUAGUGAAUUACGAGUUCGACACCAAGGACCUCGUAUGUCUGGCCCUGAGCAGUGUUGUCGGGGUCUGGUACCUGCUGAGGAAGCACUGGAUUGCCAACAAUCUCUUUGGGCUGGCGUUUUCCCUCAACGGGGUGGAGCUGCUGCACUUGAACAAUGUCAGCACCGGCUGCAUCUUGCUUGGGGGCCUCUUCAUCUACGACGUCUUCUGGGUCUUUGGCACCAACGUGAUGGUGACGGUUGCCAAAUCGUUCGAGGCUCCGAUAAAACUGGUUUUCCCUCAGGACCUGCUGGAGAAGGGUCUGGAGGCCGACAACUUCGCCAUGCUGGGUCUGGGAGACAUUGUCAUUCCAGGGAUCUUCAUCGCCUUGCUGCUGCGCUUUGACAUCAGCCUGAAGAAGAACACGCACACGUAUUUCUACACCAGCUUCGUGGCCUACAUCUUCGGGCUGGGCCUGACCAUAUUCAUCAUGCACAUCUUCAAGCACGCCCAGCCUGCUCUGCUGUACCUGGUCCCCGCGUGCAUCGGAUUCCCGCUGCUUGUGGCCCUGGCAAAGGGAGAAGUAACUGAAAUGUUCAGGUGGGCCUCGGCGGGGGUCGGAGCUGUUUUGCCCACGGCGCUGGAGCGCACGAAGCAUGCAGAUGUUCCCACGCCCGGGCACAGCUGGAGGGACAGCUAUGAGUCCUCUGCUGAAAUCUUGCCGCACACGCCGCGACUUACCCACUUCCCCACCGUGUCCGGCUCGCCGGCCAGCCUUGCUGAUUCCAUGCAGCAGAAAUUGUCCUGCCCCCGCCGACGCCGGCAGCAAAGCCCCAGUGCCAUGUAGCAAUCGCGCACGGUGCCCUUUCUUUGUCUGUCGCUCUGGCCAGCUACGAGGAGAGCUCUACCCCCAAGGAGGCGCCGGGGGCCUCCAAAGAGGAGCCGACAGCAGCUGACAAGAAGGAGAAGUGACCUUGCCCGUGGGCCAGGCCCGGCGCUGCUGGGCUGGGGCCCUUCCAGACCUCCCUCAAGUGACAGACGACGAAACAAUUGUGCCAGAGCAUCGUGUUGUGUGUGUCGGAGCAGCCGCCCAGGUGGGGCAUCGAUGUACGCUGCGUGUCCACCCCCCUCCCGCCGGCCCCCCGGGGCCGUGCAGCCGCGCUCCCUUUUCGCUUUGGCUCCUGCGUGGGCGCAAAGCGGGCGGGCGGCAAACCACAGGCCGGUUUUUAAAUUUUGUAUUGUGCAUUUGCUUUCUCUCAUAUUAAACCAUCUCAAAGGAA